AAUUCAUGACGUAAAUCUGUAAUUAUUGAAAAAUUUGUAAAUAAUCUUCAUUCAUUCACCAUUCAUUAAUCAUUGAUUGCAUCACCAUCAUCAUCCUUAUUUGGUUUCUGUUUUACAUUCUUUUAAACGAAAAGAUUGCAGCUAGAAUUUCUUGUUUCUCUCUUUAAGUAAAAAUGAUUAUCAUUUAGGAUUUUAUUUUUUUCAAAUUGAAUCUUCAAAUCAAAAAGUACAUUCCAUUCCUUUUUUUCGAACGAAUACUCAAAAAGACUUUUGCCUUCAGAAAAUUAUUAUCUUAAUUUUUGUUUGUUGAAACCAAAGAUUAUUUUUUCGAACAACAAAAAAUGUUAACAUUAACAUCAAAUAAUGGUCUAUUAGUGGCCAUCGUUUCAUCAAUUGCUAUUAAUCGUAUUAGUUUUAUUCUAACAAAUACAAAAUUUAUUUAUCCAAAAAAUGUUCAAGAAUCAAAUCAAUCAUAUUAUUAUUGGCGUUAUAGAAAUUUUUUCAUAUCAUUCAUUCAUGCAUUUAUAACCGGUGUUGGUUCACUUCUUUGUGUUUUAUCGAAUCCAAUGCUUUUGACCGAUGUAAUCGAUGCUGCUUCAGAUUGGGGUUAUCUUUUAACAUCAUUUUCAUUGGGAUAUUUUAUCUAUGAUACAAUCGAAAUGGCAGCCUUUAUGAAUAAAAAAGGAACAACUGAAUUAUUAUUACAUCAUUUUUUAGUUAUAGCCUGUUUUCUUAAUACAGUUAUCUAUAAACGUUUUAUUGGCUAUAAUAUGUUAGCAUUAAUGAUUGAAAUUUCAAAUAUUUUUUUACAUUUUCGUCAAUUAUUAUUAUUAUCAAAUUAUUCAAAAUUAUCAAGCCUUUAUCGUAUUAAUAGCGUUACAAAUAUCGUAUUAUUCGUAUUUGUACGUGGUGCCUGUAUGUUUGGCCUUUGGUAUACAUUAAUAAUAUUUAUUGAUCGUUUACCAUUUAUAACAAAAUUAACUGCAAUCAUUUCAAUGAUUGGUAUAUCUAUUACAAGUAUUAUUCUAUUUCGACGAAUAUGGAAUUCAGAUUUUGUUAGUAUUGGAGAACAAAGAUAUCAACGACAACAACAACAACUACAACAACAACAUCGACAACAACAACAACGAAAAAAUUAUCAAACACAAAUCAAUCAAUAUGAUGAUAAUGAUGAUGAGGAAGAUGAUUUUAAU